UGCAUUUCCGCUCCUUUCCGGCCUUCCGGAUCUCGCGAGAAUUUCCCGAGAGAGAGAGAGCGAGGCGUCGGGAGGGCUCCGGAAGCGAAGAGGAAGAGGAGGAGGAAGGCCAUGGCGGAGACGGACUCCAAGACCGUGCAGGAACUCACCGCCGUGGUGCAGACGCUGCUGCAACAGAUGCAGGACAAAUUCCAGACCAUGUCGGACCAGAUCAUCGGCCGCAUUGACGACAUGAGCUGCCGUAUUGACGACCUGGAGAAAAACAUUGCCGACCUCAUGACCCAGGCCGGAGUGGAGGAACUGGAAGGGGAAAACAAGGCGGCUCCAGCCAAGAAUUCAAGUGAGGAUGUGAAAUGAGGCACUGUCCACAGACCCGGAGGGGCAGGACUCUUGCAAUAAUAAUCUGUGAUGGGAUCUGGAGAGGAACGUUUUGCAAGCCUACAGGGAUUUCCAAGACGAUGGCUAGUGUGUCGAAGUUUUUUUCUACGGCCGUAGAACCUGCAUCCUUGAUGUACCUUGUCUAACUACAAUUUCUAUCCUGGUUUUUCUUGUGUAUUGUGAAUUUAACACAGUUUUGAAAAUUAUUGCGUUCUGGUUAUUAAAAAAAAGAGAGUCGGAUGGAAUCCAGCCAAAAUUUUAGUCAUGUUGCACUUUUAAAUAAGCAUGCAUCCUAACUGUGUUGUGAAUAUGUAACCAUUUCUUACAGAAGUGUCACAGAACUAAAAUAGUUGACAGCCAUGUCUCUCUUCUGACUUCUGCCCAUGGGGUUUGACUCUGAAGGCCAACAACUAAUAGAUCACUGGAUUUUUUAAAUACAUAUUGUUCUAAGGAAUCUGCUUUAUUUUAGGAUAUGAGGAUUUCCUGAGAGGCCUGAGAGAAGAGACAAAUAAGCAGGGCUUCCUAAAAUGGAGCCACGUUGGGUGUCAUAUCCCUUGUCCAAAAUGAUCUGAAAUUGCUGAGACAGUGACGCUUUUGCUUUUUGGUGGCUCAAGUUUUGUUUUAUUAUGCACAAAUUACUUUUAAAAUUGUAUAUUACCUUCCAGCUGUGUGUAUAAGGUGUAUAUGAAACAUAAAUGAAUUUGUUUAGACUUUG